CUCUUUUUCUCCUUCAGUGGCAUGAAUAAUAUCCCCUUGUGCUGGAGAGAGAGCAUAUCAAGAGGCAAACGGGGAAGGGGAGAGAGAGAUAGCAGCCAGUGUGACAGAUAAGAGCGUGGCAGAACUUGCCUCCCUGAUUGCACCACAGGGCUGGGGGAAGAUAGAGAUCAAGUGCACCAGAGUGUCAGGCAAGGCUGCACUCAAACACACACACUCACUCAGACAGACCCCUCAGCCUGGCUGCAUCAGAAGAAGUUCAGAGAGAAGACUGACCUCAGGAAGGUAAGGUUUGUGUGCGUGCACGUCCAGCAGAUGUUUCUUCCUCUCUCUAUCUGAAACAUUUCUCGCAAAAUCAGCUACAACUUUUGACUGUCCACUUUGUUUUCAGGCGGCAGAAGUUUCCUUUGUGGAUUACCCUGUGUAUUAUGGCUCUACUUAAACUGUGCCUUCUUGUCCUGUAGAGGAGCAGUGUGUCUCCCUUUCAAGAAGAACUUGUCUCGUGUUUACAGCCAGAGGAAGGAUGGAGGAGCUGUCAGGGAAAGACAAGGAGCUGAUACGGGGCAGCUGGGAGAGCCUGGGCAAAAACAAAGUUCCUCAUGGGGUCAUCAUGUUUUCCAGGUAAUGCUUAACAAUCAGUUUCUUUCAAAUAGAAACAGAUAGUAAAGGGACUUGUGGAGACAAACUCUUCUAUUCUGUGCAAUAACACUAACGUUUAUGCUUUACUUUAAGCAAAGGUAAUAGGAUCUUGCUGAUUCUGUUAUUACUUAACAGCUGUGAUGGUAGAAUAUGUUUCCUCAGAGAGAAUCAAGCUAGAUCUUAUGCUGCACACUUUCACCGUGCACAGACCGGAAGCUUGACUUGUUGCUUGGCGACGAGCUGCAAUAAUCCACAGUUUACUUUGAGACAGCUGCUGCUAAAUCAGAGACAAGCAGGAGAGAUUUGUAGAUACAUGAUUUACAGAUUGAUUUUGUGGCUGUUUAUACACCUAUAGAGCUCUGAGGUAUUUGUCUGUGUUAGAUUGUUUGAGCUGGACCCUGCGCUCCUCAGUCUUUUCCACUACAAUACAAACUGUGGCUCUACACAGGACUGCCUCUCCAGUCCCCAGUUCCUGGAACAUGUCACCAAGGUGAGCUCUAUUAGCCACAGUUAUGAAUUUAAGUUACACUUUGUGCUUGUGCACAGUUUGCAGCUCUCUCUGCGUGUAUGUUUGCAUGCGAUCCUAGGUGAUGCUUGUAAUCGACGCAGCAGUCAGCCACCUGGACGACCUUCACUCCUUGGAGGACUUUCUGCUUAACCUUGGGAGGAAGCAUCAGGCAGUAGGAGUCAACACACAGUCAUUUGCUGUAGGGGCAACAUUUUAUCACACAGCUCUAAAAAGCAAUUACACGAAUGAAUGAGCUGUGACAAGAUAUCGCAGAAAAUCAUAUUGAGUUUUUGCUCUUGUUAUUUCUGGCUUUCAGGUGGUGGGUGAGUCCCUGCUUUACAUGCUGCAGUGCAGUCUGGGACAGGCCUACACGGCACCGCUGCGUCAAGCCUGGCUCAACAUGUACAGCAUCGUGGUAGCAGCCAUGAGCCGAGGCUGGGCCAAAAAUGGUGAAGACAAGGCGGACUGAGGCGCACAGCGGGAGCUGCUGAGCAGUUGCUGUCAAAUCACUCAUCAUGGUUGCCAUGGAAUAAGGUUGUGUAACUUGCAGCGUUGUGGCUUUGGCUGCUGUACAUUUGCUCUGUGAGUGGGGUCGUGUAGCGUAGCAAAUGUUCAGUGUGGUUACACUCAACAAUCGGAUCGACCAAUCGCAGAGUUUAUUUUCUUUGCUGCGGAUGUUUAGCUGCCAGGCAAUGGUGCUGUUCAGCUGUGAGGAUCAAAGCCAGCCUGCUUUAGCUCCUCUGAGUCUGGAGACACUUUGAGAUAAAGCAACAAGGAUAACUGUUGAGUCUUUAUGUAAAUAUAAGUUUGAUUUAUCUCCUCAAAUGAUAACAGUGACUGUAGUGGUCUUUGUGAUGUAUCUUAAAUGAGUUGCACAAUAGUGAAACACUAGAUAAUACAUUCUGGCAUCACACACUACUCAAACUUUGGUGUUACUGUGGCCAGCAUUGGCAGCUCUCUUUCUAACUGGAACACAGUGAUACUUAAAAAAAACAUGUUCAAAGUUUUGGGACAAAGCAAUGUGAUUUUACAAAGAAAAACCGAAUCCAAAAUCCUCGUCUUUACUGUGCUUUGUAAUAUUAUUGCACAUAAUUCCAUCUUUUUUAAAAGGUCUUUGUCUGACAUUUAACCUAUUGAUAAGCAAAGUAAAAGAAUUAUACCAUAUAUUGACAAGAACUGUUAUACUCUUGAUAGCUUUCUUCAGUAUUUAAUGACUGUUAAGGCGUGCAAGUGCACCUUACUCAACAUGGUGUGCGACACUGUCCUCAGUGGAGGUUGUGAGUAUUUCCACAGGCGUCAGCUGACUGUUAAAUUCUUACAAAUAGACUGUUACACUCAUAGAGUUUGAAAGAAAAGUGAGGAGAGGCAGUAUAACAUCUAUGUUCUUUAGAUAUCAGUCUCCAGCCAUUGUUAUUGUGUGGUAGCUCUGUUGUACUGUAGUCGCUUAUUUCAGUAAAGCUUUUCAACUGUGUUAUCGUGGCUACGUACAAAGCAUCACUUCAGCUUUAGAGGUGAAGAGAAGCAGGUGAGCCUGUGUUUCUGACACAGAGUUUAUUCAUCAAAGUCAAACAGAGAUGAAGGUUUGUUUUAGAUUAUUAAAAGACAAACUUAACUUAUAAAUAUUUUCAUCAAUCAAUGAAUUAUACAAAGAAAAUGUGUGUAUUAUCAUCAUUUCUCACAUGAUGCUGUAUGUAUUAGUUACAUCCAUGGUCAUAAUGCCAAGUAACCUAGCAACAGGGCGCCAAGUAUUAGAUAAUAACACCAUACAACUGUUAAUCCAAGCUGCUGAUAUGUGGUUAUUAUCGCUUUAGCCUGAGUUUACAUUGAAAAGUUUAUUUUUAUAUACUAUAUGAUAUAUAUAGAUAUGUGUUGUUAAGAGCAUUGACUUUUUUUCUAUGUGAUGUACUGUAGAGUUUAUCCUCCAGAUGUUUGAACUCAUUCACCCUGCUGCUUCUCAUCAAGUUUCUUUUUAUUUUACAAAUAUAUAAACUUGUAGAUGUGAAAAUCUUACAGGAAAUUAAAAAGCAUCAGAGUUUUAUUGAACUGUUCUAACCCUGCAGAUUAUUUUUAGUCUGUACUUUUCAGCUCAAAGGUAUGAUGUUUAUUAACUGAGUGUGUAGGUGGUGUAUUUAUAGUGGUUUAGUACACAGCCUUAUGCAGGUCAAUGCUCUUCAUGUCUCUUUUUCUUUUUUUCAUUUACCUGACAUUGGUUGUGUCUUUUAGCAGGCAUGAUUGACAUCUGGCAUGUUAUCCUGCUAACAUCAAGCACUGUAUAUAUUGGCUGUGUCACUGUCUACCUCAUCAUUAUCAGCUGCUACUGAACAGUGAUGACUUCACCUAGUUAUCCUUCAACCAAAAACGCACAAUAUUGUUAUGAUAUUUAUGAUUAUAAAUAGAGUAAAUGCAAUCAUGCACUCUUUGUAAGCUGGAUUCUAUCCUCCACUUUGAAAGAACAACAUGUUGUGUGCUUACUUGAGACUAAAUAAAGUGAUCUGUGAAUAUUUUACCGCUAAA